AAGUGCAUCCACAUAAGUCGGAAUAAAAUAAUAACUUAAAUAUUUUUAUCAACAUUUAAUGUACUUUUAAAAUUUUCAAGUUUUUUCUGUUAUUUAAUAAUUCACUUUAUAAAGGAGUAAUUAGAAAAUUAAAGUUCGAGUGAUAAAUUCAUAACAAAUAGUACUUAAACAUAGGGUCUUAAUUUCAGUUACUACAUCCCUGUUUUGUUAUAAAAUUUAAUGAUGACGUCGUUGGAACGAUAGUACAGUUCAGUAUGUAUGCACAGGCAGGCCAGUAUAGUUGCAGAUAGUUACAGUACAGCUAGUGUAGCUGAUUAGUAAGCUAAGUACUUAUACUAACUUAUACAAGAGUUAGAAAAAACCUAUACCAUUACUUCCAAUUAAUAGGUUGGCCAGACUAAAUAAAUACAUACAAAGAAAACAAUAGUGAGACAAUACAUAAGGCUGGAGAAUGGCAAAUGGCUGCCAUGUACUAACAUACGUGAAAAGAAUUGAAAAUUAUAAUGCGUAGUCUGAGUGUGGUAUAUUAUAAGGAUUACAAUCGUUUUGAAAUUGAUCAGAAAUGUUGCUGAAAGUUCGUCAUUUAGAUAAAAAAAAUCGUAGACAUGGAAAAAAUUACAAGGUCAUCACAGCCGGUAAUAAUGUAGCUGAUAGUUCCACUUCAUCUAGAACUUCUUACAACGCAAUAAGUUCGUUGGCAAGUAAUAACAAUUUAUGUCAAAUUUCAACAAGAUUUAACCAGCAACAACAAGUCAAACCAUCCCAAUAUCGAUCAUCUGUUAAAUUACCAUUGACACCAAUUGGUGGUGUAGUUAUCAAAAAUUCGGAUGAAUUCGAAGCCAAUGCAGCAACUGAAAUUUGUGAUAAUUCAAGUGAUUCUGGAUUAGGUUUCGAAGAAAGACAACAUCAUCAUCACCACCACCAUCAUCACCAUCAUCAUCAUCAUCUUCCCAAUCAACAACAACAACAAAAACAACAACAGCAGCAUCAUUUUCUUGAUAACUCUACGACUUGGAAUACUGAACUUGGUGGGGAAGAAGAUUCCAAGAGACGAAAAAUGGAUAUUAAACUUGAAUCAGAGGACGCUAAUUUUCCAUUCUCUGAAGUUCCAAUAUCCGCUGGUACAGCAACUGGAGAUAUGAAGAUUGCUACCAAAAAUUCUGGAAUUACCUUUUCACGUGUCUCUAACAAUAGUACAACUAUUAACAAAGUUAUUGGAGUUACGAGAUCACGUUCAACUCUUGGUGUUUAUGGAAAAAGAUCCUCACCAGUAGUUCAUCAAGGUCCUGUUACUCUCACAUCACAAUUGAGUAAUGUGUCGAGAAAUGGUAAAGUCCAGUUACAAAUAAUAUGCCAACCAGAGCAACAGCAUAGAGCGCGUUAUCAAACUGAAGGGUCACGAGGUGCUGUCAAGGAUCGUACUGGAAAUGGGUUUCCAGUAGUGCGUCUUAUUGGAUAUGAUAAGCCUACAACCCUACACAUUUUUAUUGGUACAGAUCUUGGACGUGUUACACCUCACAUGUUCUAUCAAGCUUGUCGAGUGAGUGGUAAAAAUUCAACACCAUGUAUUGAAACAAAAAUUGAUGGUACAAUAGUUGUUGAGGUGGACAUGGAUCCUGCUAAAGAUAUGGUUGUUACUUGCGACUGUGUUGGUAUCCUGAAAGAACGUAACGUCGACGUAGAACAUCGUUUUCCUCAUGCUGCCGGAAUGCUCCAAGGACGUAGCAAGAAAAAGUCAACACGAUGUCGAAUGGUAUUUCGAACCACCAUUACACUACCAGAUGGAAGCAACGAGACAUUACAAGUCUGUUCGCAGCCAAUUGUGUGCACCCAACCACCUGGUAUACCAGAAAUCUGUAAGAAAUCUUUGACUUCAUGUCCAUGUACGGGAGGUGUAGAACUCUUUAUUAUAGGAAAGAAUCUUCUUAAAGAUACUCGCAUCGUUUUUCAAGUUGACAAUCAGGAUAUUAAUUGCCUUAAUGAGCCUCAUUGGGAGUGUUCGGUUAUUCCGGACAAAGAAUUUCUUCAACAAACGCAUUUGGUCUGUGUGGUACCGGCAUACCAGAGGCAAGAUCUUCGAUCUGAUGAAAGUAUUACUGUAAAGCUUUUUGCCAUUUCAUCUGGGAAAACCAGUGAGCCUCAUACUUUUAUAUAUACAGCAACAUCUACACCUCCGGUGCCAUCUGUAGGUAAGGUUGAAUCUUCAUCAUCACUCAUCGUUUCCACGUCGACGAAUGAAAUGCUUUCAACGUCGCCAACAAUACCACCACCACCGCCUCUACCACCACCACUCUCAUCACCAACACCAACACCUCCUUCAUCAUCAUCAUCUCCAUCAUCAUCAUCAAUUGCGGCAACAGUACCUACUACUGUACUAAUCCCUGAGAGUGACGUUACUGGCUCAGUGACAUCUAAUUUUUUAACUAAUAUUUCACAGAAUAAUGUGACUCAACAACACUCGUCAGCAUAUCAUGAUUUAUUGCAAUCAGAUAUGUUGAAAACUGAUCCGACUUCAUCAUCUGUAUCCAUAUCUAAUUCAUCUAUGAUACUUUGGCCUCCUCAAACAUCAACUUCUUGUCGUAAUUCUUCAGUAGAUGAUAUGUUACCCCUAUCACAGCAAAAUAGAGUUGACAAUUCUCUUCUUAAUGCUCGAUCUUCUUCAUCAAGUCAUCAUCAAUUGAUAAUUCCUGAUGUGUUGAAGUCUGAAGUUUUAGAGGAAAAAUGUACAACUAAUAUAAUGAAUGAAAAUAGUCUUCAAAGUAUGUCAACUUCUACUGCAGGUGCUACUACAAAAACUUCUACUAGUCCAUUACACCAUCAGCUUCACAUUGAUGAGAAUGUGAUUGAUACAGUUUCAGAAACAACUUCAACGUCUUCACCAUCAUCAACAGUGCCACAAGAAACUGUUAAUCUUUUAGGUGUUGUUGAUUUAAUACAUAAUCAGCAGCAUCCACUGACACUUGUUACUCAAGAUCAUCAAAAUUCAUUAACUGGAAUACAUGAACAAUCAGUAAUUGAUAAUGUACUUAGUUCUCACCAUAUAAACAAAGAUACCAGUUCUAUGUUAUCGAAUGAAUCAGUGUUAAGUGAAAGUAAUCUCUCGGGUGUUGGUGUAGCUGUUGAUCUCCGUAUGAAACAUCAUGAAUUUCAAAACCUUAAUAAUUCUGCGGCAACACUUUCAGCAGGUCAUCAUUCAGCUUUAGCCACACAAAUGAAAAAUAAAUCUAUAGAACAACAUUUAAAUCAUAUUGAAUCUAAUGUUACUUCAAUUAUUGAAACUACGGAUGCGACACAACAAAAUUUUGUUGAUUCUACUCAACAAUCUGCUCUCAUAGGAAGUAGUCCGAACAAUGCUCGAGAACAAGGACAAGAUAAUUUAUCAAAAAAUAUUCUUACAUCAACAUCAGUAGCGGUUGCUACAAAAUUGGAUGCUCUUGUUAAUUCAACCAUUGAGUCUCAUUCGAUUGAUCGAAUGAUUACACCAAUAUCAAGUGUAACGAUGCACAAUGCAGCAUUAAUGAAUCAAAUUGACAUUGAUACAAUGUCAAAUCUUCAAUCUCAAGAGUCAGUUUCUCAAAAUAAUUCUACUACUUUAUCUAAUACAGUAAAAACAAUGUUACUGGAAUCUGUAAUGUCAUCAUCUGUGGUAGAUGCUGUUGUUGAUAGUGUAACUGCCACUACACCAUCGACAACAACAGCAUUAAAUGAACAACAAACUAGUAUAAAUACAAUGGGUGACAAUAUUAUUAUCUCAGAAUCAUCAUCGCCAUCAUCAUCACCACAUUCAGAAUUGUCUUGUUCAUCUGACAAAUCUUUAUUAACAACUAUGAAUCCAGUAAUGCUAUCAUCUAUGACAGAAUCAGUCAAUGUUGAUCCCACAAUAUCUAAUCCAUCUGUAAAUAUGUCUGUUCAUAAUUCUUAUUUACAAACACCAAAUGAAUCGAUACCAAGACAAAUUCAAGUGCUCAGUCAGCGAGAUGUUGUAAUACAAGAACAAGUAGAAAAGGUAGUCGCCCAAGCACAACAGCAAGUGGAGCAAGUAGUAGCUCAGGUACAACAACAAGCUGUACAAACAGUUCAACAAGCUCAAGAACAAGUGCAAAAAGUCGUACAAAAAAACGUACAAGUAGUCCAACAAGCAGUACAAAGAGAAGAGGCUGUUCGUCAAGUUCAAGCAGUACCAGAAGUCCAACAAGCUGUUCAACAAGCUACUCAAGAAGUUGUACAGCAAUCUGUACAAAAAGUUACUCAAGAGGUAGUUCAACAAAUGCAAGCCGUUCAACAAGCUGUUCAACAUGCCCAAGCAGCUCAAGCUGUACAACAAGUUGUUCAACAAGACAUUGGUUCAAUGUUAAAUCAACCUGCUGAUUUUGUAGCUGAAGCUAGUUCUGUAUUAGCCAAUAGUGCUGCUCAAGAACCAAAUCAACAAAGGUUGACAAAUGCCGCAGAAAAAGCUAUUACUAAUGUUAUCACUAAUGCAACACAAGAUAUUAUGAAUAAUCGUCCAAUUUCUACAACUACUGCACAUGCUAUUAUUGCUACGAAAAAUAUUUUAAAUAGCGUUGUCACUCAAAGCGCCCAACUUAUGAAUAGUGCAAUGGAAGGUAUCUUACCUAAAACUCCAUCAAAUGGAAUUCCAGCUGCGGCUGCUGUUGUUGAACAAAUUGCUUCACAAGUUUCACAAAAAUCAGCACAAAAUGUUCAACAAUUACCAGUUAUACAACAGCAACAUAAUCGUCCAUGUGUCACUUGCAAUGGAAUUAAUAGUAAUACUAUUCCAACUGUUAAUGGUCAAGUUUCUGUCUUAAGAAAAGCUGAAGAUUCAAAUAACAUGUUACCACAAGAACUUACUUCUAUGUCGGAUCAUGAUUUACUUAGUUACAUUAAUCCAAGCUGUUUUGAUCAAGAGGCCUUUCUCAUAUAAUCAUAAAAAAAUAUUUCUAAAUCUACAAAAUUUUAUAGAAAAAAUAUUUUUCAUUUGAACCGAUAAUAAUCAAAUAUUUCAAGAGAGAUUAAUUUUUCAUAAAUAUCAAUAAAUAAAUCA